AUGGCGCCGAAGAAUAAAGACUCCGGCAAGGGGGGCUCGGGCGGAGGUAAAGGCAAGGGCAAAGAAGACUCCUCAGCUAGUUCAGGCGGCAAACUGAAAGCUGCGCAAUCAAUCAACUGUGAGAAGCACUCCAAAAAGGAAGAGGCGCUGGCCAAACUUCGUGCGGGUGCAAAGUUCGAUGACGUGGCGAGAGAAUUUUCAGAAGACAAAGCCCGGCAAGGUAAGAGUAUUAUCUGGUGGCCUCAUCGGUCCCCGAUAACGCCGCCCCAAAAGGCUGACCUGCAUCUCUUUUCCGGUACCCAGGUGGCUCUUUAG